UACUUAGAUAUAUUUAAUACUAAAAAUAUUUUCAUUUAUAAACACCUAAAGCACCCAUUCAGUUCAAUAGAUAUUACAAAAGUAAUUUCAUUUUUAUUAAGUAAAUUUAGCUGCGUUAAGUACACAAUGAGUUGUAAACUGUGGCCCAUUUUUUUAUUCUUCGUGUUACUAGAAUUAGUAACUGCAUCGUUGGUAGAAGAUAGAAUUCCUGAAGCUGUCUUCAGAAAUAGCAAUGGAUCUCAGCCGACACUAACCGAUGAUUUAAGAAACAUGAGAGCGCCAACAAUUUAUAAAACCGACAUGCCAAAUGCAAUGCGAACUCAAGUUUUAUCCUACGUUAAUGCAUCGUAUUUAUUGUCGCCCGACAGAGUAGUAAUAUCUGAUCUUCUUCAACGUUACAUGAACUCCAAUCAGCCCAGGUAUCGUUGGAACGUGGUGAUUAACUAUGCUGCAGCUUCGUAUUACAGCAAUUACUACUGUAUUGUCAAUCAAAAUUCCGAUUAUCUGCUUAUCUAUGGAUCAGGUUCUGGUUCCAACAAGGAUGUUUUCACAAUCAGAUAUAUCUCAGUGCUAGUCUUAAUUAACUUAUUGGCAUAUACCAUUAACUGAACUGUUCAUUUACCUACUUAUUAUAUCCCGUCAAAAAUAAUAACAGCAAACAGAAAAAAACUUCUCUGAAUUCUCAAUAUGCAUUAACGACAAAAGAAAAAGAAAGAAAUAUAAAUGAAUUCACAAUUA